GUUGUCACUCAUUAACGAAGCUCAACUUCUUUUAAUUUCUCUCCUUUUUCUUGAUCAUCAUACAUAUAUUUUUCAAUUAAGAUUCGAAAAUUUGGGUAAUAUGGGUAAGUGUACAAUGAUUUUGUCUCUACUAGCCUUGCUUACAAUCAUAGCAAGACCACCCAUGGCUAUGGCUGGGGCAACAAAAGCCAAUAUGGUCACAGUUCUGAGUGUGGAUGGGGGAGGAAUAAGGGGGAUAAUUCCAGGUAUCCUUCUGGCGUUUCUGGAAUCCAAGCUCCAGGAAUUGGACGGGCCAGACGUAAGAAUCGCGGACUACUUCGAUGUGGUGGCCGGAACAAGCACAGGAGGAUUAGUCACCACCAUGCUUACUGCUCCCAACAAGGAUAAGAGACCCUUGUUUGAAGCAAAGAAUAUCACCUCCUUUUACAAGGAACACGGCCCAAAGAUAUUCUCUACAACCAGCUCGAAUGUAUCAACCGGGCCGAAAUAUGAUGGGAAGUAUCUGAGAUCAAUUGUGAAAGAUAUGUUGGGAAGCACAACAAUGAACCAAACAUUAACUUGUUCCAUCAUACCAACAUUUGAUAUCAAGCGCCUUCAGCCCAUUAUUUUCACAACUUCUGACGCUAAAGCAAAUCCUACAAAGAAUGCUCUACUUUCAGAUGUUUGUAUAAGUACUUCUGCAGCACCAACCUUUUUCCCGCCUUACUAUUUUGAGACUAGGGACGCCGUUGGUGGUGUAAAUAGCUUCAAUCUCGUUGAUGGAGGAAUUGCUGCUGGUAAUCCGACAAUGACGGCAAUCACCCAUAUCUCAAAGGAAAUCUUGAAGGAGAAAUUUCAAUUUCAAGACAUGCAGAGAAUUAACACAACUAGACUGCUGGUUUUGUCAUUGGGGACAGGGAUAGCAAGGAAUGAAGAAAAAUACAAUGCUUCCAUGGCCUCCACAUGGGACUCUCUCUCUUGGGUGAUCAACAUUAUGAAUGGUCAAACUCCAUUAAUAGAUAUGUAUGGGGCUGCUAGUGCAGAUAUGGUAGACAUUCAUGUCUCCACCUUGUUUCAGUCCCUCCGUAAUGAGAAAAAUUAUCUAAGGAUUCAGGAUGAUAUGCUUACGGGGACAACAUCAUCGUCAGAUGAUGCGUCUGUGAAAAACAUGGGCUUGCUCGAACAGAUUGGCAAUGGUCUCUUGAAGAAGUCAGUUUCGAGGCUGAAUUUGGACAGUGGAAGAUUUGAAGCAGUUCAAGGAGAAGGCACAAAUGAAGAAGCUCUCACCCGCUUUGCUAAGCUGCUUUCACAUGAGAGGAAGUUUAGAAGAGGCAGAACAAACUGAGAACAUCAACCAAUUUUCCAAAUUUGACAACAGAACUGAUGGUUGUGUCAAUAGUGAGCAUAAUAGGUCUUGCUCUCUAUAUUAAUUUUGUUUUGUAAGAGUUGAAAAAGGUGUGUAGAAAAAUCAAAGUGUGCUAGCAAAAGUAUUAAUUGUACUCGGUAUGAAAUAAGUGAUUCAAAUAUUACUCCAAACCAAUUCCCUUUCUCGAUAUGUAUCCUUUUAAUUUAGAACAAUACUUCGUCCACACGCAAAACUCCUACACGCUCGGGAUUACUUUGAAAUAAUUGAUCGUUG